GAAUGGCCAAGCCGGCAGACGCUACGUCACUUCCUCAACUUAUUUCCAUUUGUUUGUAGCUAACGCCAACAGUUAUCUGUAACCUUAGACAGCGUAGAUAACGUUAGCGCACGAUACUAAAACACGUUUUCAUCGUAUUUUUACCAAAUAAUAAGGAGAAGAGAUGCUCACUUGUAUUUUUUUAUAUAUAUAUAUAAACAGCAGUACUGUGAAGUUGUGUGGACAAUAUAACUAGCCGUUUAGCGUGUUAGCGUUAGCCAAGUUAGGUGAACGUGCGCUAGCUAAGUAGCUACUUUGAGAGGUAGAGAGCCGUUUCAGAUUAAUUAGGUAUCUGUUGUUGUUUUGUUUGUUCCGUCUUAUCGUUGAUGUUGUUGUGUUGGCUGGCUGCCUUAGCUAACAAGUGUAAAUUGAUGGAGUGCCCUCAUCUGAACUCAAACGUGUGCUUCGCCGUCGACUCCUCCAGGCUCCCCCAUGGUACUCCGUCCUCCUGGUGCUGCAACGUUUGCAGAUCUAACAAAAGUCCAUGGGUUUGCCUUACCUGUUUGAUUGUGCAUUGUGGGAGAUAUGUUAAUGGACAUGCAAAGAAGCACUUUGAGGAGAGCCAAGUGCUUGGCAGCAGCCAGAAAAAGGGUGAGAAGCAGGAGAGAGAGAAAAACCAUCAUUCUGUCUGUAUGGACUGCAGCAACUACAGCAUAUUUUGUUACAGAUGUGAUGACUUUGCUGUAAAUGAUACCAAACUUGGGCAGGUGCAGAAGGUGAGGGAGCACCUUCAGAGUUUGGAAAAUUCAGCAAUGAUUGGGGACAGACAAAGGAAAAGGAAACUUCAGGAAAGCCCGACUCCAAACACCAAGAUGUUAAAAGACAAUGAUGGCACAGCUCUGUGUGCCACAGGCCUGCGGAACCUGGGCAACACAUGCUUCAUGAAUGCCAUUCUGCAGUCCCUCAGCAACAUCGAGCAGUUCAGUUGUUAUUUCAAGGAGCUGCCUGCAGUGGCGCUACGCAGUGGUAAGACAGCAGGAAGGAGGAUGUACCACACCCGCAGCCAAGGGGACAGCAGUGUGUCUUUGGUGGAAGAGUUCAGGAAAACUCUGUGCUCCCUGUGGCAAGGGAGCCAGACCGCCUUCAGUCCAGACUCCUUAUUUUAUGCCAUAUGGAAAAUCAUGCCAAGUUUCAGGGGCUAUCAGCAGCAGGAUGCCCAUGAGUUCAUGCGUUACCUGCUGGACCACCUGCACAGGGAGCUCCAGGGCAGUCCCAACGGAGCGGCUCACCCGGUCUCACCUCAGGACGGAGUCAGACUCUCCACCUCAGGGGGAAAAUGCUGCAUAAAUGGGACCCCCACGGUUGUCACAUCUAUAUUUGGUGGCAUACUUCAAAACGAAGUGAACUGCCUGGUAUGUCGGACAGAAUCUCGGAAGUUUGAUCCAUUCCUUGAUCUGUCUUUGGACAUUCCCAGCCAGUUCAGACAGAAGAGAAGUAAAGACCAGGAGCCUGGGCCUACUUGCACCUUACGUGACUGCCUGCGUAGCUUCACAGACCUGGAAGAGCUUGAUGAGACGGAGCUCUACUUGUGUCAUAUAUGUAAAAAGCGACAGAAAUCCACCAAGAAGUUCUGGAUCCAGAAGCUGCCAAAGGUCUUGUGUCUGCACCUGAAAAGGUUCCACUGGACCGCCUUUCUGAGAAAUAAGGUGGAUACCUAUGUGGAGUUCCCACUGCGAGGCUUGGACAUGAGGGGCUAUUUAUUGGAGCCUGAGAAGGCCUUACCAGAGAGUUGCCUCUAUGACCUUGUUGCUGUUGUAGUGCAUCAUGGAUCUGGGGUUGGAUCAGGGCAUUAUACGGCAUAUGGCAGCCACGAGGGCCGCUGGUACCACUUCAACGACAGCACGGUGACUCUGACAGAUGAGCACGCAGUGAGGAAGGCCAAAGCCUACAUCCUCUUCUAUGUGAAAAGGCCUACCAAGGCAGGCUCAGACAGCACAAACACAGACAGGGCUGCUCCGGGAAUGACAGCCACGGACAGGGUAGCCCCAGAAAUAGUUGCUCAGGACAAGGUUAUGGUGGAUGUCGUAGCUACAGACAGGGUUUUGCCGGAUGUGCCAGCCUCACAUGUGGUUACCCAGGGCAUGGUCACCCCAGAUAAGGUUGUGUUGGAAAAGAUGGGUGAAGAGAUGGCUGUGCUGGAUAAAGCUGACUUGGAGACGGUGGCUCCACGAAAAGUCACAACAGACAGGGAUACCUCAGAUAAAGGUGCCUUGGACACGGCUGCCACAGACAAUGCUGCUGCACCAUGAUGCCUUCAGACUGUUAACAGCCUCAGACAAGCUCUUCACUCCGUUUCUGCCUCACCUGAAUCACAUUUCUCACAGUGCUUGAUUUUAACUUGUACAUUUCACAUUUGAUGUAUGUGAAGGUAUUUUGUUUUAAUGGCAUUUUAUGUAUGACAGGAUCUUGUGUAACUGUGUUGUUUUGAUUUUUGUGGGUUUUUUUGCAUUUAUUUCCUUGAUGUCACAUUCCUCAGUUGAGGUUGACUUCUCCUGUUGUAACAGAUUCCAAAGGUGAUCAUUUCAAUUGAUUAAGAAAGCUUUAGCCUUGGAAAACCUCCUUUGGUCCAAUGUUAAGCCUAGACUGAAGAGAUUAACAAUAUGUCCAGACACUUUGUGUCACUAUGAUGUUUUUACUUUCUGUUGUUUUCAAAGUUUCUAGUUGACAUUUUUAUGUACCACCUCUAAGCAGCCUACUAGUACUCUUCUCCAAUUUGUUGGGGAAAUUUAGACAAUUAAAAUUCAGUUGUUGUCUUAAUUGACAAGUGCUGAUUCGAAACUUCUUGUAGCCUUUUGACCAGAACCAAUGUGAACAAAAUGCUCAUCUUUCUGAAAAUGUUUUGUUUUAUAUUUGUCUGCAGAGACUUUCUAGUCUUCAGUCUGUCUUUCAUCUUGGCUAAUUUGAAUUGGGCUUCACAAAGAGGCCUGAGAAAAUGCUGUCAGUUUUCAGACAUGUCAUGCAAUGUGAAAAUGAAAAGUGUGUGAUAAACAACCUUCUUUUAUUUUUGAUAUUUCUGCAGGUUAGGAAAUUGUAAUCCACUGCACAAACCCAAGACUGUUGCCCCCUCUUUCAUAAUAUCACCUCAACACACCACACUCCGAUAACUUAAAGCAAAUUAUUUGGUUGAGACACAAAGACAAUUUCUUACAUUGUGCAUUACAGUCUGUUUAAGCCGUACAAAUCUUGUACAUUUAGUAGGUGCUAAUAUCUUAUUUUAAUGUCAUAGACAGCAGAAGCACCCAUUAUUUAAUUGUGUUGAAAUGAAUAGGGCACAGAAUUGUGCCACCACCAGCUUAUCUCAUAAGACAAAAUCCAUCCUCAAAUAAAGUCAUACACAUGAAGUUUAA